GCAGUGAGGCUCCAGAACAGCUCACCCAGGAGCUCACCCAGGAGCUGGCUGGAGCCAUCACAAAGACCCACACUGACACAGAGGCAGCCACAGGGCUGUGAGCUGGCACUCCUGGGGGCAGCCCCCACAGCUUCAAGGAUUCGUGUUGGGAAGACAUGGUGGAGAAUCCGGUGUAGCUCAGAGGUGGGGUGUGAUUGCAGAGCGCUCUCCCCAGCAAGCAGCUGCUGCCACCACCAGAGACAGCCUGGGCUGAGCUGAGGGAGCCAUGGUGGGGUGGGCAGUGCAGAGCCCAAACUGUGGGUGCCCCGAGAGGAGGCCCCGUGGCUUUACCAGGGUGUGGCUGACAAGGGACCCCCAUGUGAGUCCCAUGUCUUCAGGCAGCACGACAGGUCUGAGCAGGGGGUUGGCAGCACACCUCCCCUGGCAGUGUUGGAAGGGACACUUCCCUCCCACACCUCUUCCCUUGCCGUUCCCCUGGUAAAUGCUCGCUUGCUCUCUCUUUUUCCACAACCUGCUUCCCAAGUCGCUUGGUGUCAGGUAAGAGAAGCUCUCAGCGUGUUGGCAGUGCCAAUGUGGAGCCCUGGGCUCGCUGCUAUCCUGUCUUGCCCCACGCUGGUCCCCCGUGCAUGCACUUCCCUGGGCAGCCCUGGCAUGCCCUGGCUGCCCACAGCCUCUGCAGGGCUCCUGGUUCACGUCCUGUCUAUUCCCUUUCCUCCUCCAGUGGACCAGAGCAUGUUUGAGAACGCCAGCGCCGGCACAGCACCCACGCCACGGGCCCAGCACGUCCCUGCCGCGGCGGGCACCCUGCCCCAGCCCUGCCGGCCCGCUGGCAGCCAGCACCUCCGCAACCUGGGCAAGGCCGUGGGUGCCAAGGUGAGCGACCUCCUGCGCCGCAAGGAGCCGGCCGGCCUGCCCGGCGUGGGAGCCAUGGAGGUGAACGCCAGCGCGGGCGCCAUGCUGGGCACGGGACAGCCGGCUGCCGAGGAUGGGGCUGUGGGGCUGGAUGCCUUUCCCCGGCUGGAACCCCCGCCCCCCAUCACCAAGAAGCGGACGCCGCGCGCUCUGAAGACCCCCCAGGACAUGCUCAUCGCUCCGCAGCCGGAGGGGACCAGCAUGGGGAGUGGCGUGGAGGAGCCUCCCGAACCACCCACAGCCCACCCUGACCCCACAGAGGAGCAGCUGGGGAUGGGGGACCCGUCUCCUCCAGAAUGCCCUGGGGUCCCCAGCGUGACGGGCGCCCUAGAGCCCGCUGGGGACCAGCCUGCCAGUGCCUUACCCGUGCCCGACCUCAUCCAUAAGGGCAGCCGGGAGAGCCAGUGGCCAGUGGGUGAGAGGGCCACUGAGAUGUCACCCGGCACAGAGAAGCCCUCACGGAGAGCGGGGCUGGAGCACGAGCCACCAGGGAGCACAGGACGGCCAGAGCCACGUAGCCCUGGCUGGGAGGUGGAGGGGACCCAUCCUGACCUACUGUCCUUUGAGUAGCAGUGGGUAGCUGUGACACGGGCACCGUGGGGGCUGGCUCUCCCAGACUUGUCUCUUGCUGCCACUUGCCUUUCCUGGGGUGAGUAUUUUGGAAAGGGGGAAGCCUCGGGGUGGAAGGAGCCAUUGCUGCCCGGUGUGGGCUCUGGGGAGCCACGACAACCCGCUUCUCCCCAAAUUCCCAGGAGGGGCACAGCCUGUCUCGCCAUGGCUCCUGCAGUCCCAUUCUGGGCCUAUUCACCCUGGUCAGUGCCAAGCUCCUGUCCUGCCACAGUGCCACUGCCACCCUGUCUGCUGCCAGGAGCCUUGCUGAACUGGGGACCAAGGGGGUGUGUGGGGGUAGAAGUGCCAGCCUGCCCCAAACCCCAUCAGCUCUGAGCAUCCUGUGAGCAUCCCACGAGCACCACACACUCCUCCGUGUCUGCACUGGCUGCCUUGGUCCAGAGGAUUUCCCAGCUUGUCAUGUGCUUGCUGAGAUUCCCCAUGCUGGGGUAGCAGCAGGCUCACCCAGCCCUAGUGCCUGGUGCCAGCGAGCCAGGACAGCAGAUGUGUCCAGGGCCUUCUCCAGGUGCUGGAAUCGUGGUGUUUCUCUGCUGAGUGCCAUCUCCUUGCAGACCUGAGCUCUGGCAGGGCACAGGGCUGGGCAGCUGGGACUGUGCAGCUGCUGGCCAGAGGCUCUGGCAGGGAGCUGAGCUCUCUGUGAGACCCCCUUCCAGCUCCUGCUUGUUUCCUGGUCUCAUCCCAGCCACCAUGGACAGAACUGUCCAGGCAGGCAGCCCUCUCCAUGUGGGCCAGUGUCACUGCUCCCCUUUAUUUCCUGGGACAGUGGUCUCUGUGAGACUGGGCACGAAGCCAGUGCAGUCCUCUGAUACUGCUGUACGAGUGUUCUGCCGUGGAUUACAGGAGGGGUUAGCCAGCCUGUGCCAAUGCAAGGAAGCAGCUGUGAGAUGGAACUUUGUGCUUAGAGCUUUUAUGUACAUCCUCACCACAAAGGUGGUUUUCAGAGGAAAAGCUCCAAAGCCCCAGGUCGGGUUGGAGGAGCCCAGGAGCUCAUGGAUAGGCCUGCUCACAGCUCCUGGGCCACUCAGGGUGGUUGGGCUGAAGCUUCCAGCACCCAAAGCCACGCUGUCCCACUGAAGGAAGGAAGCUGUGAGCAUGGAUCCCAUUGCCCUGGGAGCAGCCAGCCGUGUCCUUGCCGUUGGAGCAGUGAUGCCAUCCAUGGUGGCUCUGGGGCCCUGCAGCUCUCAACUCUGGGAGAGCCCUGCUCAAGAGUGAGGGAUGCAGAGCUGCACAGAGCCCGUGUCACCCUGUGACAAUGUGAUCACGCUGUGCAUGGCCGCCUCCACACACAGAUACAGGGUGUGUGUGUGCUGCCCAGCUCUGCACUGCAGUGCAGGUGUUGAUGGAAACAGCUUGUAGCCCCCUCUGAAGAACCAGCAUCUUCCAUCACUGUGAUCCCAAGGGAACCUUCUUCCCCUUAAGGGAGGGUCGUCACUUACAGCCGGCCCAGUCCCUUUAUUUAUGUUGUCAGCGUGCUUGUGUGUGGUUUGGGACAAGAGAUGCAGAUUGCACAAUAAAUUUUCUUUUUCUU